AAUGAACUUCCGGCUGCAGUAGUAGUGUGGAUGGAAAAGUUACAUCAUCAAGCUCUGGCAGAAAAAUGUUUUCAAUAAACAGUGUGGGUUCGCAGCAUCUUCUCUCGCUUAGCCAAGUUGCAGCUGCAUUUCAUUCCAUUAAGGCAUUAGCACACAGCAGUGUGGUCACUAGAUCAACACCACAAAGGAAGCAUGUCACAUCCACGAAAAGGGACAAUGCUAUAUGCUCAGAAAGCCUGGACAAUGUUCUGUUAAAUGUUCAGGAACUUGGUUUGAACUUGCUUACUGAAGACAUCCAAUUCAACUCCUUAUUACCUGCAAGUUUGAAUCCAAGGAAAAUGUUAUGGACUGAGUCACAUGUUUCCUCAGGGUCAUUUUUCUACAACAAACACGGAUUUUUAGAGCAUCAGCUUUCACAGGAAACCCAAAGGUCUAACGGUCCCCUGUCAGUAUUGGUGAAUUCUCAUGGUCAGUGGCAGGCAAGAAGGGGCUUUAAAACAAGAACAGCAUCGAUUGGACGAGUUGGAUCUGUAACACAUGACACAAAAGUGGAGUCAACCCUCCUUCCAAAAUGGUUUACUAGGAGUAAGCAGUCAAAAGACACAGAUAAUUUAGCCAGUAAGUUAUCAAGUGCAUUGUCGGCUCAGGAGGAGAGGAUAACGGACCACGAUAGCUUCAAGACCGGUUACAUUGACGGAUAUUUAAAAGGACGAGAUGAACCGAAGAAAACAGACCGCAUGAAAAUGUGGAUCAACAUUCUCAUCCUCUCAGUCCUCAUUUAUUACAGUGUUAAACUUGCGACUAUGUUUGGUCGUGUGUCACUUAUAGGGCCAUCGUCAGUUGACACUCUAAAUGUCAAAGACGUUAGUUUUGAGGAUGUCAGAGGGGUUGAUGAAGCAAAAUCAGAACUACAAGAUAUAGUAAACUACUUGACGGACCCAGAGCGAUACACAUCCCUAGGGGGGAAGCUUCCUAAAGGUGUUCUUCUAGUAGGCUCCCCCGGUACCGGGAAGACGCUCUUAGCACGAGCAGUAGCAGGUGAAGCCAACGUUCCUUUCUUCUACGCUGCUGGUUCAGAUUUUGAUAACAUGUUUGUCGGAUCUGGAGCAAAGAGAGUAAGGGAUAUAUUUGCUGAAGCUAAAGUGAGUGCCCCUUGUGUUGUAUUCAUUGAUGAACUGGAUUCCGUUGGUGGAAAAAGAGUUGAUUCUCCACUCCAUCCCUACGCCAGACAGACCAUUAACCAGUUGUUAUCUGAAAUGGAUGGCUUCCGACAAAACCAAGGAAUUGUAGUGCUGGCAGCUACAAAUAUUCCACAUGCUCUAGACCCAGCGUUAACAAGACCAGGAAGGUUUGAUGUUCGUGUCACAGUCCCUAAGCCAGAUGUGAAAGGUCGUAAGGAUAUCUUGCAUUUAUAUUUGGACAAAGUGACCGUUGGUUCAGAUGUUGAUGCAGAAGUACUUGCUCGUGGGACUGUAGGAUUUACAGGUGCCGAUUUACAGAAUCUCGUCAAUCAAGCUGCGUUACAGGCCGCAAGAGAGAGUAAAAAGUGCAUUGAUAUGAAAGAUCUCGAGUUUGCCAAGGACAAGAUACUCAUGGGCCCUGAGAGGAAAAGUGCUACAAUAGAUGUUAAGAAUCGUGAGAUCACCGCAUUCCAUGAGGGCGGCCAUGCUCUGGUUGCUUUCUACACCAAGGAUGCUAAACCAAUCAAUAAAGCCACCAUUAUGCCAAGGGGACCAACUCUUGGACAUGUAUCACUUCUCCCAGAGAAGGACCAAUGGAAUGAAACUAAAUCACAGCUAUUGGCUCAGAUGGAUAUUUGCAUGGGUGGUCGUGUCGCAGAGGAGCUCAUCUUCGGCCCCGACAACAUCACAACUGGCGCUUCAAGUGAUUUUGAUCAGGCUACAAGAAUUGCUCAGCUCAUGGUAACAAACUUUGGAAUGAGUGAAAAGGUAGGGGAAGCUUCAGUUUAUGGCUGAUCUAUUAAGUGCAGUCCAGACUAUCAAAUUUUCUUUGACAAUGUCAUCAUGACCAUAUUAAGGCAUGAAUCAUACGAACGUGCAAAACAUCUGUUGAAAACGCACAACAAAGAACAUCAAAUUCUAGCGCAAGCCUUACUCAAGUACGAGACGCUAACAUCAGCCGACAUCGCACAAAUUCUACAAGGAAAAAGUAUUGAUCGUUAACAGGAGAGUUGAACAAUCACAUUUUUUUAAUUUGAAUAUUGCAACCCACAAGAGGAAAAUAUUGAUCCUUCAUGGUUGAUCCAUCAACCAUGCAGUCCAGUCAGGCCAUCAAUCCAGUCAGGCUUUAUGCAAGUAAAUUUCAGAGGUAGCGCCAGGAAGGGAGCCCAUUGGGGGAAGAGAAAGAUUAUAUAUAUUUCUUUAUAUAUAAUUAGUAUACUCUAAAAUUAAGCCUGUGAAACCCCUAAUUGUUAUAGUUUUUGGGGAGCUUCACCAUCUGGACCACCUCCCCCCUUUGGGCAAAUCCUGGCACCAACCCUGAAAAAUUUAACUUCAAAAAGGACAUUUGCAAUACAGGAAAAUGUCAUACACAAUACAACCUUGGAUUUUGAAGACUAUUCAAUAGCUUUGAUAUAAGCCAUUUCCAUUGUAUAUCAUAUGAUUAACUGUAUGUAGUAGUUUUUCUGAUCAGUGAUUUUAUUCUCUGCAAGCAUCAUUGUAAAGAAUUUUUAUGAUAGUUGAUCACUUUCCCAAUUCUAUCUAAACAUUUUAAUUUAUUCUAUUUAGUGCUAUAAGUUAAAUACUACAUGGUGAUCAUAUGUAUUAUUGUAUGUAUAAGAUUUAGAAAAUAAGAGUUUACAGUGCAGACAAUUAUAAUUUUGAAAUGAAGUUGUUUCAUUGGGUAUUACAACCUAUUUUGAUAACUGUGUAUAUUGUAGCAUGUACGUGGGUGGCACAGUUUCCCAGUAAUCUGUUGAAUAAAUGCUGGUUACAUGUGUAUUAUUAUGACUGAACUAAUCUGUUGUUAAACCAGAAGGUAUAAUUCUCAUAAAUAUUUAAUUUGCAUUCAGUAUACAGUACUUUUCUGUAAAGCAUAAACUGAUAGUCAUCACUACCAUCAGCAAAUUUUAAUUAGAUAUCAAUAACAAACACCAUUAGUAAUGGUGUCCAUGCCAUUUUUGGUUCCAAUGCUUUUAAGCAAUAGAAACCAUUUUAAUGGCCUUUGCAUGUGCAUCCCGACAUCAAAUUACCCCCUGCUGGUUAUGAAUAUUUUUAUACAUGUAGUUUAGGUCAUGUAAUUGUGGUCUAUUGCUUUUAAAAUUUGAAAAUACCCGUUUUGUUUGUUUCCUAUUUUCAUUUACUGUAAUAUUUUACCAAGGGCUGUACAGAGAAACCAGUUUCAACAAGUUCAUUAUCUUUGCCUUCUGAAGGCAAUUUGUUAUAGCACUUUAACACAGGUGUUAGCUAUAAUAAAAAUUUAGGAAGGGAUUAUCUUGCCAGUUAAGAAAUCCCGAUAUGGAUAUAAACAACAUUCAUAUUUAUUUCUUCGCUUGUGCUGUCAAGCAGUUGUAGGCCUAGCAAUAGGCUUAUAUAUUUAUCAUAAAGAAUUUAUACAUCUACUGUAUGCAUCCUAACCAUAAACUUUGAUAGAGAUGGCGUUUCAUUACGUCUCCCACUCAACACUGGAAUUACAUAUUAUGUAUAACAAAAAAUAAAAAUAUUUAAAAUAAUUAACACAAAUGCAUGCAACAAAUUAAAUAAGAAUAUAGGCCAUAAUGUUUAUAAUUGGGGAGUCUUUGAAAUUGCAUGAAAAUUAGCAAAUUUAUCAUUAGCACAUAUGUUCAGUUAAUUUGUGAUUUUACAAAGCGGUAAUGGUUCCAAGAAAACCGAUUUUGUAUACAGAUGUAAUAAAAUGUGGCAAGGA